UGAAAGAUUUUUUUUUUAAUACUACCCGAAGGCAAACUGUGAGAUGACAAGGAUCAUGUUUGAGACUUUUAAAACACCAGGUACGUGUGCUGCUACUCAAACUAUGUUGUCGCGAUGUACAUCUGAUCGUACAACUGGUAUAGUGUUGGACUUAGGUGAUGGUGUGACCCAUACAGUUCCGAUUUAUGAAGAUUAUGCGUUGCCUUAUACUGUUUUGCGAUUGGACUUUGCUGGUAGGGUUCUUGCCGACUUUAGGAUGAAGAUCCUGACUAAGACAGGUUGCAGUUCAACUGUCUAUUCGUGGAACAUACUCAGGCGCAAACCACCGGACAUCGUUUUACUCUAUAGUAAGUCUAGAAUGGCACCUAUAAAACAGGUAGCUGUGCCUAGACUGGAACUAACAGCGGCAGUAUUGAGUGCUAGAAUGGGGGAAGUUUUAAAUAAGAACCUUCCUCAUGUGUUUGACAAGACUCACUUCUGGACGUAUUCUAUGAUAGUACUGUACUAUAUAAAAAAUACAGAUAGUAGGUAUUCCACCUUCGUGGCUAAUCGUCUGGCCGCUAUUCGUCAUUUAACAUCUGUAGACCAGUGGGGGCACGUAGAAUCCAAUGAAAAUCCUGCUGACUGGACAUCACGAGGCAUACGGAAGGAGCUAGAUUUAAAGAACUGGAUUGAGGGUCCUUCCUUCUUAAGGAAGAGGGAGUCUGUAGGAACACUAACGCUUAUGUGCGAAAACCCCCUAGAAAAUGUUGAAUUUAAAAGAUGUCACACGACCAACGCAGUUGCAAAAAAACAUAGCUUAAGUCCAAUUCUGCUAUAUCACUCAAAUUGGAUAAAGCUGAUUAAAGUGGUAGCAUGGCUCAGAAGAUACGUGACCUAUAUAACCAUCAUGUACUCCCGUCACAAUGACAGGUCCCUAAGUGUGGGCUAUCUGUCAGUUGAUGAGUUGGAUGCAGCUAAACACAAGGUAUUAGCCUUAGUGCAAAAGGAAGUGUAUGGGGAAGCAGUAAAAUUAUCUCGAUGCAAUGGCGUAAGCGCAACUGAUAUAAAAGAGCUAAAAAAUCUUUCACCUACGUUAAUCGAUGGAUUGCUUUGUGUCAGCGGACGAUUAAAUUACUCGGAUUAUCCACUCUCAAUCAGACAUCCGGUAAUUUUGCCCAGUCAUCACUUCGUAACAGAACUUGUUAUUCGACACCAUCACCACCUAGAAGGUCACACUGGGACAUCACAAGUGUUAGCUACCAUACGACGAAAUUAUUGGAUUGUUAAAGGAACCAGUGCAGUUAAACGUGUGAUAGGUAGAUGUGUGAGGUGUAUACGCGCGAAAGCCACAUUAGGCCAACAGAUGAUGGCACCUCUCCCCAAGUGUCGAGUGCAGCAAGGCUGGUUUUGCUUCUCCUCCGUCGGGAUAGACUAUUUUGGGCCGUUGAUAGUUCGUCGGGGAAGAAGUGAGGAAAAAAGAUAUGGAUGCCUAUUUACGUGUCUCCAAACACGUGCCGUACAUUUGGAAGUAGCUUUCAAUUUGAGUACUGAUGCUUUCAUAAUGGCUUUAAUACGUUUCAUAGGAAGGAGAGGAACUCCUAAGGAAAUCUAUAGCGACAAUGGAACUAACUUUGUCGGGGCUACUUCCGAAUUACGGGCUAAUAUGAGUGUGUGGGACAAGCAUAAAAUAAACGACGUAACAGUAUCGAAGGGUAUACGCUGGCAUUUCAACCCCCCACUAGCUAGCCAUCGAGGCGGAGUUUGGGAGAGAUUAAUACGGUCUGUUCGGAGGAUCUUACUAUUUCCAACGGGCAAAUAUUACACGAUGAUAGUUUGGCAACUUAUUUUGUGCAGGUAGAACGAAUUUUUAAACAACCGCCCAAUCGUUCCUGUGACGUCAGAUGAAAAGGAUGAUUUGACGCUCACGCCAAACACUUUGUUAUUACUAAGAGACUGUGAUGGUUUAGGGGUGGAGUGUAGUGUUGCGGAUAGGUAUUCAAAGCGAUGGAGACAGGUCAAUUGUUUAGCCAAUACCUUCUGGCGUCGAUGGAUAAAAGAGUACAUUCCUUUACUGCAAGUGAGGCAGAAAUGGUUUUGCAAACACAGAAACUUAAAAGAAGGUGAUGUAGUUCUAGUGGCUAACGAUGCAACUACUCGGGGUUCAUGGCCAAUGGGAUGGGUUGAUAAGUGCGAGACAGAUGGAGAUGGAUUGGUAAGAACAGUGAUGGUGCGAAUGAGAGAAGGUGUAGUAAGAAGAGAUGUGCGAAAGCUCUGCCUUCUAUAGGGAGCCGAGUAAUUGUAGAUUGUAGCUUAGGUUUAUGGAUGUACAGGCGUACUGUUGUAAGUCCUGUGCCUCCCAUUGAUAUAGAGCAGUUAGUAAGCAGAGCCAUGACAGAAAUGUAUUCUAAGUUGUCUUUGCGUAGCUGGAGGGAUUUUGGGGGCCGGUGU